AAGCUCGACGGAAUGAGGCCGUAUCUGUCGUUCUUAUGGUUCUGUUAUCGUGCUGGACGAAGCGAUAAUGGAGACGACAUCCUCGGGGCCGUCCACCAGGCCACCGUUGCCGACUCGGCGGCCUACGAAACGCCUGUUGUUCGACAGGCGCUACGCUUCGAUGAGUGGAAGGAUCCUUCAGAAGAAGCUUUAGCUGGUGGUCGAGGAAUGUUUUGCAUUUUGCCGAUCGCGAAGUCAAUGCUGAAUGUCGCAUCGUUGUCGAUCAGUCUUGCAGCAGAUUUUGUGAUCAAAGCUCUUAAGUCUCCUAUUCAACUUUCUCGACAAGAAUUGCAUGCUAACCUGUGUAGUCAGUUUCAUAAGCUAGCACUUAAUAUGCAGGGAUGGAAUCUUAAGUUGAUAACCUUGGGUAAUAGGAGACAAAAUGCCAUGAACUCUGAAGAGGUUCCUACGAACUGAACCAAUCCCUCGGCUGCAUCAUGCUGCAACUCAAUGGAUUCUGUUAUGAUAAACUAUUGGAGUAUGAUGUUUGUUUGAGAUGUAAAUGAAGAUUUACAUUUCAUUCGAGGAAGUUACUGAAUCUUGUGAGAAGACUAUGUGAUUACAAGGAUAUGCAUGAUUGAUUGAGCCAA